ACACACACACACACACACACACACACGGGGAAAAAGGCGCGGGAAUUGUGCGAAUAACGGAAACCAAGCAAGCAAGCAAGCAAAGCCAAGCAAAGUCAGAGGACAACGAUGAGGAGGAGGUGACAUGUGUGCCGUCAAGCUCAACAACGUGCUACACCCUUUUGGUGGCGGCCGAUCUGCGUCCCUGCAAGACAACGAGCUGGAUAUCACGGACAUAACAGACAGCUUGCUAGCAUGCGGACAACCCUGGGCCAACAGAAGCGUCAAGCGCGCUCAUGCCAUCAACGCGGCCGAGCUCGCAGAGCAUCUCAAGCAAAGAUGUCAAGACCACUUCCUCCUCUUCAACCUUGCUCCCAACGAGUGCCAUUACGAUCCAGCUCUCUUCAACAAUCAAGUCUGCCGCCUCACGAUCUCCAGCAAGUGUCCCAGCUUGGCCAGCCUGUUCACCUUCUGCCACACCGCUGCAGCCUUUCUUCGCUUGAGCUUCAGCCAUUAUGUUGUUGUGCAUUGCAAAGACAGCAAGUCCCGCUCGUCGUUGGCCAUUGCAGCGUACUUACUGUUCACAGAACAGGUGCAGUCGCCACAAGAGGCCCUCGAGCACUUUUGCACGCUCAGGCAGCUGUCUCCAAAAGCCAUCAUCACCCGCUUCCGAAUUAGGGUGUUGACGCACUUUGUGAUGGCUCUCAAGGCCAGCAUCCCACGUGCACAGGAGUUGUCGCUGCAACAAAUUGCCAUGACCACACAGCCAAACACGCACGCACACGCACACAUGCACGCCAGUGACCGCACGCUAUCCGGCAACAUUGUGCUUGAGGUGUUGGAGGGCGACAAGCUCGUGUAUUCGAGCAAGAUCAAUAACCAGCUGAGGGGCACCGAGGAUGACAUGAUUGCGCCCAUGGACGGCGUGCGUGCUGUAGGCAACUGCCUGCUCGUGUGCAGACUGUCGUAUGUCGAUGACAAUGGCGAGGAGACGGAGAAAGAGCUGUUUCGGCACUGGUUCCACACGGGCUGGCUGCCAAACCAGGCGUAUCGCAUCACACCAGGCAACCUGGAGACAACAGCAACGUCGCGCCAGUGGGAGCGGUGUGUGGACUCGCUGCACAUUACGUACAAGACGCGCGUCGCGCUGCCGCACUUUGACCAACACGAUGACGAUCAACAACAACAACAACAACAACAACAACAACAACACAACCAGGAGCUGCCACCGUGGUGUCCACCUGGUGCGUGCAGCCGCUUACACGAACUGCUCGCUGCCGCAGUGGCAGACAGUACGGCACGCCUUGACGCCGGGUUCACAACACCGCCACCACUCACACUGGCAUUGCAGAUGCUGAGUGCGCUGUUUGUAUUGAAACCCGAUCAGCAGCACGUGCAUGCCUUGGAAGGAAGUGGCUUCCCCACGCAUCUGGCCACGUUUGCACUGUGCCGUGCGCAGAACGACAUGCAAACAGCACACACGCUGUGCAAGCGGCUGGAGAAGCAGAGCAUAUGGGAGGCCAACUCCAUCGUGGCGCCGCAACCACAGACCGUCCAUGUCACCGACCUGAUUGACGAUGAAGCAGCCGAGGUGGAGGAGCAGCUGUACGACAGUACAGCCGAGCGCAGUGCUGUUGAGGAUGUUAGUGUCGGCGAGCAAGACUUUAUACAUGGCACCAGUCACGCUAACCAACCUGUCACACAACAACAACAACAGCAACAACAACAACAACAACGUCUCAGUGCUGCGACAGUGUCAAUGCCAGCAACAGCAGUGACUGAAGUUGUGGGUACAACAGCGCCGAGAAUAUGCAGCGAAAGUGGCGGUGCUGGUGGUGGCAGUGUCGACGGUUCGCAGGUGUGCGGCGGACAGCGUCAUGGCUCGUGCCCGUCUACUUUACCAGCAUCAUCAAUGGUGAGUGCUUCAAGACACGCUACCACCGGCGUCACGACUGGUACUGCGACUGCUUCUAGCUUCACCGCACUCGUCCAGGCACCAGACCACCACGAGCACGAGGAACCAUCUGCCAUGUCCACGGCACACCAGCACAUGUCACAGCCUUCACUGCCAAUGAUGGCAACAGGAAAUGCCUUUGCCGCUGCCACGAUCGACCCCACCACCGCCACAUGUGCACCCGCCAAUCCCGAGACCAGCACAGCCCGCGAUAAUGUUGCUGCUGUUGCUGGUGAUGGAGGCAGCAUUAGUGGCAGUCUGCACAUGCCCCAGUCUUCACAACAAGAGCACUACCAGCAGCAUCACCAGCACCAGGGCGGCGGUGGGCGAGGGAAAGUGUUACUUGGGGCGAGCGAGGCACGUCAAGUGCUUGAGCUGCCAAGUCCACUUCGUCGACUGGAGGGCGCAGGGUUACAUGUGCUGCAUGUCUCACAGGUGCCGGCUGCUGCUCGCGACACCAAGUCUGUGCUGCAGCAUGCACAGGACGUGCGGCAGAAGGAGCGCAACGAGAAACUCCAAAAGGCGCAGUCCAUUGUGCGGCGGCACCGACGUCGAAAAUUGACUGCGCAGUCCCGCGCACAGGCGCGCUCAGCCAAGCAGCAACAGCAGCAGCAGCAGCAGCAGCAGCAACAACAGCAGCAGCAGACAUCAGACGGGAGCCAUGGCAGCGCCAACACGUCUGCACGCCUGCAGAGCAAGGAGGGAGACGAUGAAGGGGUAGCUGCAACUGCCCUUGCGUCACCACAAGUGCACGCAUCACCACAAAUGCACGCAUCACCACAAGUGCACGCAUCACCACAAGUGCACACGCCACCGAACCCUCAGCAACACUGGCGCAAUAGCAUCGCAAAUCCGCUGCGAUCAACACCAAUUGGAAGCAAAGCAGUCAGCCGCACACACCGCUCGCCCACAAGCAGCAGCGGUGACAAUGAUGAUGAGGGGGAGGAGGAGUACACGAGUGCGGAAGAUGCUAACGGCAGUACCGUUGAGGGUGAAUGUGGAGAGCAGCAACACAAUCGGCAACAGCCACGGCGGAGGCGGAGGCGAGGGCAUCGAGAUAGGAGACGGAAGCCGAUGGGCGGUGUUGAUAAAGGGGGCAGUGGUCGCAGGACGAAGAACCCGCACGUGCCGCGCCUUGACCUCUCUUCCUGCUCUAGUGAUGAUGGUGAUGGUGCUGGCCGAGAGGAGGAAGGAACACAAGGGAAGGAUGAGGUGAAGAUGGACGAGGAGGAGUCGAAGGAAGGAGUGAUGGGUGGUGACACCGGUGCAGGAAAGGCUGCAGUGAGUGAAGAAAAUAAGAUGCAGGGUGGUGCGGCCAACAAGCACGAGCAGGACACGGUGAUUGAUGAUAGCAGAGGCGAUGGUGCCAAGAUGAAGGAAGCUGAACCACCAAGCAUUCCACCACCACCGCCACCGCCACCGCCUCCACACCUUGGAGCAGGAGCACCGCCGCCGCCGCCGCCGCCGCCGCCUCCGCCGAUGCUGCUUGGGAACGGGUUUGGGCCAGCACCACCACCUACAGCAGCACAGCCAACCAAACUCGUGGGGAAGAAACUCCACUGGAAGACCGUGCCGACACACCGCCUCCGGGACACCAUCUGGGCAGAUGCCACUGCUCUGCCAAAUGCAGUCAACGAGGUCGUCGAUGUCAAGGAGUUUGAGGCGCUGUUCUGCAAGAGCGAGGAGGAACGAGCAGCUGAGAAGAAGAGGAAACUAGCACAACGUGCACUUGCAGACAAGAAAGCCACCAGCACAGCUGUAUCUGUCAUCGAUCCCACGCGCGCCCGCAAUGUUGGCAUUGUUCUUCGUCGAUUCAACAAGCUGGUGAAAGGGAUUGAGGGCAUUAUCUCGUCGCUGCUUGAGUUGGAUGAAGACGUGUGGUCCGCAGAUGAACUGCACAUCCUCAGCAAAGCCCUCCCAAAACCCGAUGAGCUGCAGGCCAUCGCCCUCUAUACGGGACCGCCAGAGAAGCUCGCACAGGCAGAUAAAUUCUUCUGGAUGAUCCACCACGAGUGCCCUGCGCUGCCUGUGAUUGUUGAGGGCUUCCAGCUCAAGCUUGAGUUUGAAAGCACCCUGCACGAUAUUUUUCGCUCCCUGGCAACCGUCAACGACGCAUGCAAAGCCCUUCGUGACGCAACUGACCUCCACCGCGCCCUACGCAUGGCGCUUGAGCUUGGCAACAUGACCAACACUGUGUACGCCCCGCCCCAUCUGCGCGCUCGCCAGGCGUACGGCAUCUCAGCCAGCAGUCUGUGUAAGUUGAAAGACAUCAAAGCAGCCGCGGACAAGAAAAUCGAUCUGCUCGCCUUUCUCGCCCAGUCGCUCGAACGGAAGUGGCCUGGUUGCCUGGAGCGUCUUGUGUCGCACCUGUCUCCACUGUUGCAGGCGCGACACGUCGACCUCAACAUUGUCAGCGAGGAUAUGCGCAAACUCAAGACUGGUUUGCAGCUGCUGGAGCGAAAACUCGACACCGUGCAAUCGCUCGUGCCUGAGCUCGCCUCCUUCUACACACACGCAACCGAUAAGCUGGCCACUGCACAGGAGGCGUUUGAGCGGACAAAGGAGGAAAGCACACGCAUCACAGAGUUCUUUGGCGAGGACAGCAAACAGAUGCACAGCCAACAGCUGUUUGCACACGUGCACGACUUUGCUGUCUCUCUCCAGUCCUCCUUCGCUUCCUCCAGCACAGCGUCACGAUAA